AUGGGAAAAAUCAAAUCAACGAAAGGUGAGCCUCGUAAAAAUUUUUCUAAAGCACUGAUGAAAAUGAAAUUUAUGAACCCUGACGUCGGAACAGUUGAAUCUGAAGUAGUUAUUAAAUCCGAACAUAAAAUUAAAAAAAAAGAUGUCGUCAAGACUAAUAGUUGGGAAUUAUUUUACGAUUUACUUCCUAUGGCAAGAAUAUCAUUUAACGGUAAGAAUCCAGAUGUGGAAUCAAUGAUGAAAAAACUAGGUGUUCUGCAACGUGAUCCAAGUGAACAUGGUAAAAUGGAUGUUGAUAUGACAGUAGAAGAGAUGAUAGCAAGAAAAAAUAAAAUGAAACAAAAGAAAAAAUGA